AGGACGAUAGGAGACGGGUUGAAAUAAACCGAAAUUUCCCUUUAACACAGCCAAUCGGAGACCAGCACGUUGAACAGACUUCCUGUUUUUGUGAUGUAAACUUCCUGAUGGUGUUUUUGUUUGUGGCUUCUAUCAGGUAUCACCUGGCGACAGGAAGUGGUGAUAACACCUGUAAGGUUUGGGAGCUGAGGAACAGGAAGUGUCUGUACACAGUCCCCGCCCAUCAGAACCUGCUGUCGGCCGUCCGAUUCCAACCCACGGAUGGUCACUUCCUGUUGACUGGAGCGUAUGACAACACAGCCAAGGUUUGGAGUCAUCCGGGCUGGACGCCACUGAAGACGCUCGCCGGGCACGAGGGGAAGGUAAUGGGCGUUGACGUGUCGCCUGAUGGAAAACUGAUCGCAACCAGCUCCUAUGACCGAACCUUCAAACUCUGGCUGUCUGAGUGAUGUCAUGAUGAUGUCAGGACUGAUGUCAUUGCAGCAACACAACACAUGACAGAAAGUUUUUGUUUUCUUUUUUGAAAUAAAUAAAAGACUUCAUGUUUCAUUGUUUUUAUAUCAAAUGAAAUAAAAGUUCAUGUUUUGGAAACUCGUA